AUGCCAGACAGAACCAUUGAGUGUAGCGGAGCGCAAUUUGCUGUUAAUCUUGCAGUUCACGCUACAAAGCCUGGAGGGCAAGUCAUUAUAAUAGGACACGGACCGACUUCCGUUUCAUUUCCGGUUGUCGCCACCGUUGCCAAGGAGCUCGAGAUCAAAGGUUCAUUCCGCUACGUGAACACUUGGCCCACUCUGAUUGAGAUGUUAUCCUGUGGUAAGAUUGACGUUAAGCCACUCAUUACCCACCGAUACAAACUGGAACAGACUCUAGAGGCGUUCGAGAUGGCAAAGAGUGGGCAAGGGGUCAAGGUCAUGAUAAGCUGUGGGCAGUGACGUCAUGUGUGAAGCCACCAAUCCUGGGACCAGAUGAAUACUGAUAAUUAGUUUUCAUAUACACGUAAAGUGUAUUUUACAUAGCCGAUGAGCAAUAUCGCAUCCGAAAAAAGAGCAUGAGCGCAUUUGAUAGUUUUUGCCUGCUAUAAAAGAGAUUUCUUAUAUAUAUUCUAUAUCAAAAUUUUGUAUUAUGAUCUUAGUUAAUGCACGUAUAAACUCGAGUUACACAAUA